UCAUAUGUGCAGUCAAAACAACCAUGUUCAACGUCGUUUACGAAUCUUGUCGCUCGUAAUACAUGUGUAAUGUUGUUGUUGUUGUUAUUGUUUCUAUCAAUUAUUAUUACAAUUGACCUAAGACGUAAUUAGUUAUCAGUGAGUUAUCCCGUUUACAAUAUUAUAGUAUAAAAGUUACAGAUUUAUUAAUAGACACCGUGAAGACAUAUGCAAUCAGUCGUGUUCUUUUUCUGAUAUUGUGAUUUUAUAAUUUAAGAUUUUAUGACGUGUUUAGUAAAAAGUUAAUUAAAAUUGUAGUUCAAAUGGCAACUUUACCUCGAAUGACUGCAUCUAAGCAUGUUGUUAACAAUAUAUCAUCACCAUUUAGUACAAGCCCAAGAAAAUUGCAAGAGAUGACACUACCAACUCCGGACGGCCAUGAUGUCACUACUGCUAGUGGAAUAAGCAUGAAACAAUAUGAAGAACAACUAAAUGGCUUAAGAAAAGAAAAUUUCCACCUUAAACUGCGCAUAUAUUUUCUAGAAGAAAAAUUAGGUAGUGGAGCGCCGCCUGCCGUUCAAGGUUUAUUAGAACACAAUGUACGCCUUCAAGUAGAAGUAGAGGAACUAAGAAGGCAACUUACUGAUAAACAAGAAUUAUUGGCGGCGGCAGCUGAAGCCAUUGAUGUCUUAGAGAAUCAGGGGUCGAUUUCCACUGAAACUGCAGAGGUGUCAAUAAAUAAUAUAAAUAAUAGUGUUACAAUGGCAGCGAAAGAUAACAAGGAACCAAUAAAGGAAACGGGAAUACACACCGACGUCGUCGACGAAACAUAUCAGUCGGAAUCAGCUGGAGAUUACCUUGCAGUCACCGUUAAUAAUGAGGACUUGGACCAAUUGACAAGGCUUAAGAAAGAAAAUCACAAUGCUCUGGAAAUUAUCAAAAGAUGUAUGAAAAAAAUUCAACAACAAGACAAGGAAAUAAAAAGAUUAAAACUGGAUAAAGAGUUGACAUACGCCCACGUAAGUGACUCACAGCUGGAAAAAUAUGAAGAAAUAUUAAAAUGUAAAGAUGAACAUAUCAAAGAUUUGGAAAAUAAGGUCAGGCAGCUGCAGACUAGUUUUGACAAUGCACAAAGUGAAGAUUCCGCUGGAAACCUUCAACAAUUGCUAACAAGACGCUUACAAGGAUUGGCAUAUUUUCUUGAUAAAUUGCUGUCACAUAAAUGUGUAUUGGGUGAGGAAAAGAAAAGACUUGCUGAAAGUAUACUAGAACAAAGCCUAGCCUUACCAGUAGGUUUACAAUUAGACGAAUCAAUGGCUCCAGAAGAUUUCACAAUGGAUGAAAGUAAUCUAGAUAUUUCACAAUCAAUGAGGAUAGAAGAUUUAACUAUGAUGUUCGGACAUCACUUGAUGUGUAGUGAUGAUAACAACCGAUAUUCUUUAAGAAGAGCUAUGCGAAAUGUUCCACAAGCUGAUGUGAUAUCGGAAUCAGAAUGUUGGUCCGAACCAGACAGAAAUGUUUCUUUAGCAAGAGUUGGUCUCUGUGAUACAGGAGUAGCUGUUAAAGAGUGUAUUUCGGAUGCAAAUCGACAUCGGUCAAGAAGGUCCAAAGUGUCUUGUGGGUCUCAAUCUGAAGAAAAUGCUCUUCUUGAACAAAUUCUUGAUAUAUCUAAACGCAAUCAACAAUUAGAAGAAGAAAAAUUAGACUUUAAUACAAAAUUAGAAUCAGCACUGAAACAAAUUGAUAAUCUCACAAUUGAAAAGGAAAAAAUGAAAGAAGCAUUGGAGUUGGAACAACAAAAUGCCAAAGAUGCUAACAAACAUUUAGAAACCAUGAAAGAUACGUUAUUCGCUCUGGAAACAAGAAUCAAAGAUAAUGAACAACAAGUUACUUGCAAUAUGCAAAUAAUAGAUAAGUUAAGAGCCGAAAAACAAGAAUUAGAGGUAACGUUUUUGGAAACGGAACGUUCACUUAGACGUGCAGCAGACGAGGCAACGGUCCAGGCUUCGCAGGCAGCUCUGGAAAGAGCUAGGGCACAACACGACAGGCUACGCAUUGAGAGAGAAUUAGAAGAAACACGUGAAAAGUUGGCUACAGCAUUGGAAUCCAAUGCACAAUUGGAAAUAGAAGUUACUCGUAAAAUGGCAAUGGAAGCUGUAAAUAAUAUUGUUGAAAUCCAUGAAGGAGUUCAAUCCGAGGAAGAUAGACCUACAUCACCGGAUCAAGGAAUAGAUAGUGAUAGACUUUCGAGCCUGGAACAAAAUGACGCAGUAAACUUAUCUCCUCGUUCUCUAUAUGAAGAAAAUGUUACACUUAAGCAAAAAUUAGCAAGAACCAAAGCAACACUAGCAGAAACUCUAACCCAACUGAAUGCAGCGAAUAUGAGAAAAAGAAACGUGCAACGCGCUAUUUGUAGAGAAAUUCAUAAAACACAGGGAGUAUUGCGUAAGGCAAGGGAUCAAUUUGAAAAUAAUAAUUAACUAUAUCCUUCAUGCACUAGACUAAGUCUAGCUUUAUUUCCGAUUGACAAUAAUUAUGUAUUAAUAAGUUUUUAUAUCUACUAGUUUUACACUAUUUAGGCCAAGAACUCAUGGAGCGGUUUUCACAGCUGAAGUUUGAACAGCUGUUUAAUUUAUAAACUCACGAGAACGGAGUUCUGUUUGGUUACCGUCGUCGUCGUCGACGUCGCGGUUGCGGUUAUCGCCCAUUUAUCCCUAGACGAGCGGUUGUACAAAAUAGCGUCUGAUUUUCUGUACGCACGCCGCCCGUAAACUAAUCGUAAAGCACUCGGGCGAAGCCGGCAGAAUCUGCGGGUGACCGCGACCCACGUUUCUUCUAGUUAGCCCGCUGGUGCAGUGGACCGGCAAACAAUCGCACACAUUGUGAGCGUAAAACGCGAAGUGAAUUGUAUUCAGUUUUUUAAAUACAUAUAUAUCUACAUUCUACAGAAGCCUCGAUCCGUGAGUUUGUCUUAUGCCUUUUUUCACUUGACCUACUUUAUUACUUCAUAUUUAUCUAAAUUGAUUUGUCAGUGACAUAACCAUGUUUUUUAAUGU